UUCACAGCGAAUACAAUCUCCAUUUAUGUCCAUCGAGCAUUGUUCAAUGAAACAAAUGCAUUGUCUAGCAAAAACAAAGCAAUCACCACAUCUAAUUUGUACAGCAAAAUGCGUGCAACUAUGCACGUUUGCCCACUUGCAUAUAUAACUCAAUAGAAUCGUUUUAGCGUCAGGCAGAUAACCCAAAUAACCAGUUUCCACGCCUCCACUGUUCUUCAAGCUCUUUCAAUGGAACAAAAGUUUCGGUUGAAGCUUCAAUGUUUUCGUCGCUCGCACGGGAUUAAAUCCAAUGGAGAUAUAAUCAUUUUGCAACAUCUAAAGAAUUUUAACGUCUACCAAUAGAUGAGCAGUGGACCCAUCACCAAAAAUGAGGAAGCGUCGUCACAUGUCUUGUGACGCGCAUUUAGCGAUUGGUGCUCAUUACUGUGUAUAUGAGUAAAUAAGAGGAGCCGAAAUUCUUAUUUUUGUUUCUAUCCAUUCACUUUGUGCCGCAGUUUUUCGAUCAUUUGCUUCAAGGAAAACUUUUGAAAUUUGCCAUACACGCGGCUGUUGUAUGAUUUGUGCCCUCGACCGUAGAACGUUGAAAAAUGUAUGGGGAACUAACGAAUUUGAAGUGAGAGCAAAGGAAAUGGUUUUGACAUACACGAUGAAAUGCUUAAAGACACAUUUUACGUCGACUGGAAUUGUGCAUCGGUGAAAUGUGAACGACACGCUCGAUCAGUAUGACGAAAGAUGAUGAGUUAUUUGUUAUCAAAAUAUUUUCGAUAAAAAUUUACACAACUGUAACUUGAUACUAACGUAUGCGAAGUCCGAAAUUGACAACGUUUGUCCUUUAAUCUCCCCUAUGAUUUAAUCACCUUGUGUUUUACGUAAUGACAUCAUCCCAGUUGAUCGAGUCCUUUAAAUUACAUUCUAAACGUCACUACAAAAACACCAAGACUGAUUUGCGAUUCCCUAACUGAAAAAUUGGAUCUUUCUCGAAAACUACAGGGCGUUCUUCGUGAAUUUUUGUUCUAAUUUACAUAGAAUAUUUGUGUUUUGUAACUCUUCAGACAAAGAGCCCUCUUCGGCAGUACGUACGUACAUACUUCACAGCGGUUUUCCGUAAAUGCUUAAUAUGAAGUGUUAAAGUGUGUCUCUGUGCGUGUAAUAACGCACGUUCUGCGGUAGAGAAGGGAACUAGGAUGAAAAGUUAAAACUGCUUGAAAGUUUACGAAUUUGGAACGAUGCUCGAAUGAUGUUUGGUCAAUGCGUAAAAAGUUCAUGAAAAUGCAGUUCAGUUAAUCGGCGCUUUCUUCGUUGCUUUCUUGGCACUCGCAUGGUAUGCAAAUAAUGUUAAGUUUCACCCCCACUGAAAGUACUUGAAGUGUCUAGUCGCGAGGUAAUGCUGCUCGUUUUAAUUAUUCUCGAUGAACUUGUGAUGGGCUGAAAGGUUACACCAAUAUCCGAGUGUUUAGAGAUCUCUUUUCCCUUUUUUUCUGCAUUUAUGCAAGGCAUGCGUAUCCCGAAAUCUAAAAUGUUCCAAAAAUUCUUACCGAUGUGAGCAGUCGAUACCAUUUGUACAGCAGUUUUUACGGCAUGAUACGCGCGCGCUAUGUAAUAGCAGUUUUGCAACUUUUGUUGUUCGCCGUGCUAUUAAGCACGAUAUACAGGUAUGAUUCUGGGUUUGAUGAAUAGGCGUACUCGACCUUAGAUUACGUAUAAAUUGAUGGCGUUUCAUUUGUAGCCAAUUUAGGAUAAGCAAAAUAUGAAAUAACUUGUUCUUGGAUGAAUAAAGAGAGAUUGUAGGCAUUUUCAAUGGUUGUACCUAGCUUGAAUUACAUUUAGAAGUGAAAGCUGUGAAAAUAAAUUUAAAUUGCGAAAUGUGUAAUAAACUAUAUAUGACCGAAAAGGAUGAGUAUGCAUGAAAUAAUGUUAUGUAAUAAGCUCUGUAUCAUAGGACGACUCUGUGUAAUAACAAAUAUAUGAUUGAGCAACAUGAAUAACUAUGAAGAGGUAAGGUGUAUAAUAACGUGUCUAUGUUGUGUAAUAACGUUUCUAUGUUGUAUAAUAACGCAUAAUUAAAUAGGAUAUGUAAUAACAAAGAUGUUAAGGCCGUGUAGCAGACUAACAGACUAUAAAUAAACAAAUUAAACUAUUUAAUAAUUUGUAUAUUUUAAGGUAGAACUGUUUAAUAACGAAAAUAUGACGUGCUAUGUACUGGCCGUCAUCCAUUUCAUCGCAAACUAAAAUUGAAACUGAUCACUGUUCAUACAAACAAGAUUGACGAGUAAACAAUGUUUAAACGCGCCCACGCAGUUAGGAGAAUGACGUCAAUAGAUUGUUAUUAGCGGUUUUAAUUAAUGCUUGUUUAUGAUGGUGCAACAGCGAAAGAAUUUUAGUAGAAAAUGUAUUUGAUGUAUAUUGAAGAUGGCUAGUCUGUGAAACAAUACCGUCUGUAAAUUUGCGGUUUAUUGUGGAGGAAGUCACCUGACGCCGAUUGCGGAGGAAGGAAAGGUCAAAGGUCAACUUGAACCAAUCAUCUUGAGCUACAAGAUAAAAAAAAUACUUCCUUUGUUCGUCAUGAGUUUCACGGUUUAUAUAAACGAGGGAGAACGAUAUCAGAUCAACGAAUGGGUUAUGAAAUAUGAAGAUAUCGAAACUGGCGGUGAUUUGUUUGGGUUAUGGUUGAACGAAACGACAGCAGUCAUUCAAUUUGUUGUCGGUCCUGGAAAGAAAAGUAGGAGAGACGAAACAUCGUUUUAUCAGGAUGUUGACUAUCUUGAUAAAGCAGGUACAUAUUUAACUAAAAACCACGGUCUUUGUAACGUUGGUCAAUGGCAUUCUCACCACAAGAUAAGAUUGUUUAAACCUAGUCAAGGGGACGAAAAUACAGUCUGGAAUAACAUGCCUAACUUGGGAUUGCAAAGAUAUAUUGUUUUCAUUGCAAACAUUACGAAUAAAGUCGAAGUAAACUGUUUCUUGUUUCAUCUUGAUCGACAAAGGCCUGUAAUAAAAGGAGAGUUUAUUUAUGUCCCAGGAAACAGUCCAUUUCGUUUGAAUGAGGUAAUUUUAAGAAAUGCUUACAAAGGAGCUGAGAGUUUUAAUGAGUUUCAAUGGUUUGAGAAGGAAAUGAAACACUUUCAACGUGGUAAUAAUGCAUCAGAUCAAGAGGUUAUUCACCAUACCGACAGUGGAAACAAUAGUUUAAGAUCUUACCCAAGAGAACAGAGCACAACAUCGAGAACUGUUGAUUUAAUGAAUCAGAAAAAAACACAUACCAAGAAUAAUACACAAUUAGAAAAAAGAAUCAACCCCGUAUCUUCUGUCAUUCCUUAUGUCGAAGAAGAACCAAUAAACAUGAAAACACCAUCCACCGAAGGUAAAUCUUUUUCAGGUUUUAUCACAAAGACACUACAAGUUCACUAUCAAAUUAUGAUGAAAGAGUCUCAAGUAGCUCUAACGUACGUAAACUUACCAGUAAAUCAAGAAAGGAGAGAGAUGAGGAGAGUGGGUUAGCCAGGAGCAAGGAAAAAUUAAAAACAGAGGAGCCUCAGUCAUUCGUUAUGGUGCACUACGCUGGUGGUCAUAGCAAUUUUUUAAGUUCACAAUCAAAUUAUGAUAAAGGAGCCUCACGCAGCUCUAAAGAACGUAUAUUUAUUGGUAAACCAAGAAGGGAGGGAGAUGAGGGUAAAUUGGACAGGAGUAACAGAACAGAGGAACCCCAGCCCUCCCCUACUGUGUAUUACGCUGGAAGUGAAAGCAAUUUUAAAGGUUAUGGCGAAAAUAUUGCAAAGGAUGGAAACAAUGCUCAUGUGAUUGAAACUAACAGAAAAGACAAAUGUUUUGCUAACCGUCGAUCAGAAGACACGUGGAAGAUGAGUGAAAACAAGAUGGAGGAAAUUAAACAGGAUUUCAACUCUGGAACACAUGCAACCGCCACAGGAUAUCCAAAUUCAAGCAUGAAGAGACUUGCUCAAAUCUCUGUCGUUCAUUUCGUAGGUUCUUUUGAGAGCAAUGACUACGUUGUUACUAAGCAACCGUGUGAAGCUAACAGACGACAAAACUGCAAUUCAGAGAAAAUUGGCCUUGACUGGUACAAUGUAGAAGCUACCCUAGUGUGAAUCUCCAACUGAAUCUUCGUGUUUAUUUUGCUGUUAGCGUUCAGUGCUAGUGUGAGUGAGUAGAAUUCGGGUAUAAUUGUUUUAAAUGAUGAUAGAGUAGGGUCCAGGCCUGCGCGACAACGUUCAUCGGGAGGUGGGGUGGAGUAUUCAUGUAUUAAGUUGUGUCCGACUGAUUUCUUUUAAAUGGCUUUCUAAAGAAAUCAGUUGAAAAAAAUAAAUAUAUGGCUGUACACCCCUCUCCCCCUCAACUAGCGUUCUGAGCUACGGUCUUGGCCCUGGUGGGGUCGACAUUCCUGGCAAAACUUAUUAAAUGUUUCAAGCUAUAUUACAUGCACACACGCUUUCGUAUGUACCCACAUAGACACUGAACUAUAAAUGUUAUACAUAUCACAUAGAUAAACAUAUUAGAAAGAUAUAUUUUCUGCCAUGCAGCAACAUUUCUGUUGCAAGAUUUGAUAGUUUCCACAGGUGAAAAUCUACUCCAGAUUGGUGCACAUGUAUGUCAACAUUGCUAUAACUUGUCAGUCGAGUGUAUAUUGGUCUCAGCUCUCAAUGACCUUCUUAUUGUGGACAUUCAUGGCAAAAACUGAUCACAACUUUUCAAAUGUUUUAACUUAUUAUAAAUUCACACAUGCGCUAUCGUAUGUAUUGGCAUUUACAAUGGAAGUAAACAUUAUAUACAUGCAUGGAUAAACAUCUUACAAA